GGUAAUCGCUUUUUGUUUUGUGAGAGAUCGGAUAAUCGAGAAAUUAUUAUAAUGUUUGGUGAAAGUUUGUUAACCUGAAUACUUCAGGUAUCAUUUAAAAGCGACAUUUAUUCCGAUUUCUGACAGUUACACGUUCUUCUUCGUUGUGUGAGCAUCAUUUUCUAUUAGUUAUAGAUUAAAAUACACAAGGAUGACUCUUGAACCACCAAAAUAUGAAUAUUUGAACAAAGAAAAUACAAAAAAAAUGUUAAAAAUAUUUAAGGGUGAGAGAACAGGUUGGGUGCUUGUAGGUGCAAAAAAAUGGUUUUUCCCUCAUAAAUAUACAAUAGAAGGUAAAGGAUUUUAUAACUUUAAGGCUAGACCAGAUGAUAUUUGGGUUUUAUCUUAUCCUAGAUCCGGUACAACAUGGACUCAAGAAUUAGUCUGGUUAUUAUCAAAUGACUUAGAUUUUAAAAGAGCAAGAACAGAACUUUUAACCGAACGAUUUCCAUUUCUUGAAUUUAGCAUGUUCAAUCAUCCUGAGGUAACGCGUGAAUUUUUAGAACUAAAUAAAGGAGAUAAAGAUAAAGAAAAAUUAUGUAAAAAAAUUGCACAGCCAGGAUAUGAUAUCUUAGAAAAAAUAUCUUCUAAGAGGUUCAUAAAAUCACAUUUUCCAUUUAGUUUAUUACCCAACAUUUUAGAAAGUGGUUGUAAGAUAAUAUAUAUUGCAAGAAAUCCAAAAGAUGUUGCUGUUUCAUGGUAUCAUUUAAAUAAAGCAAUUAAAACCCAAGGAUAUAUAGGUGAUUUUACAACAUUUUGGUAUUACUUCCAAAAUAAUCUUACACCAUGGAGUCCUUAUUGGGAACAUUUGAAGGAAGCAUGGACACAUAGAAAUCAUCCAAAUGUUUUAUUCAUGUUUUAUGAAGAAAUGCAAUAUGAUUUUUCAAAAGCAAUUAAAAAAAUUGCUAAAUUUCUUGGAAAAGAUUAUACUGAGGAGGAAAUAAAAAAAGUAGAAGAUUAUUUAAAUAUUAAAAAUUUUCGAAACAAUCCAAUGGUAAAUUUAUCAGAAUUAAAAAAAUGUGAUAUUAUAACAUCUGAAACAUUUGUUAGAAAAGGCCAAAAUAAUGGAUGGAAGGAUAUGUUCACUGAAGAACUUAAUGCUAAAGCUAAUAAAUGGAUAGAAGAAAAUUUGAAAGGAAGUAAUUUUAGUUUUCCUUAUUUUAAUGAUCUUAAUAGUAAUCUUAAUAGUAACUGUAAUUAAUAUUUAAUAUUUUAU